AUGUCGUCUAGUGGCACCAUAAGUAACUAUUAUGUCGAUUCUCUCAUAGGCCAUGAAAGCGAAGAAGUUUACGGGAGUAGAUUCGUCCAGGCAGGUCACAGUGCGACCUCCAGGCCAUCAGGUGUUGCAGAGAGUUCAGAUUUUUCUUCCUGUAGCUUUGCACCAAAAUCCACCGUGUUCUCCACUUCUUGGUCCACGGUCCAUCCUCAGCCGUCUGCGGCAAUGACAGGGAUCUACCAUCCCUACAUGCACCAGCCCCACUUAGGGGCAGCCGAGACUGGCAGAUACGUGCGCUCCUGGAUAGAGCCCUUCCCCGGCUUCCCCAGCAGCAGCUCCAGCUCCUCCAACGGGCGCCACUACGGGAUAAAGCCUGAAACGGGAGCAGCUGCCUCCUCUUCCUCCUCCUCCUCCUCCUCCUCCACAUCCAAAAGGACUGAGUGCUCCUCGUCCCGGGAGUCUCAGGGGAUCAGUGUGCCCGAGUACACGUGCAAUUCCUUCCUGCAGGAGACCCGGGAGAAGACGGCUACUUGCAGCCCCAAGAAGCCUCCAGGCUGCAGCCACAACCCCAGCCCGAGCAGCGAUCUGAAGGAAGAGAAGCAACAGCAACUUGACCCAAAUAAUCCGGCAGCAAACUGGAUCCACGCUCGUUCAACGAGGAAAAAGCGUUGUCCCUAUACAAAGUACCAAACUCUGGAACUGGAAAAAGAAUUCCUCUUUAACAUGUAUCUGACUCGGGACCGCCGUUACGAAGUAGCUAGGAUUUUAAAUCUCACAGAGAGACAGGUCAAAAUAUGGUUUCAGAACAGAAGAAUGAAAAUGAAAAAGAUGAACAAGGAGAAAGGAAAUAAAGGAGACUAGCCCGGGUGUAGACACGCGUUCCUCUUCAUCCCCCUCCAGCACCAGAUGCGUUUUUGCAGAACUUUGUAUCAAUCUGGUCUCUUAGGUAGACAUGGAAAUGUGGUCUGUGUCAGGUUUUUGGGGGGAAAUCUGUCUUGCUCGCCAAUGUGUUUAUAAAAGUUGCUUCAUUUCCCUCUCCUUUUCCCACAAACUGUUUGGUUUAUGAUAUUGUGAGUGCACGUUAGCUUUGGGACCUUAAUGUUAAAUGUUUGACAUGUUUCUUAAAAGGUUAUGUAGUGUAGAUAGUCACUUUGCCAAAAUAAAGGUA